GCGGGGCCUCUGCUCAAUCCACUGCCUCCUGCUUGAGUGUCCAGAGAUCUCUAGGACGAGUCACAAGCCAGGGCCGUGGACCCGGAGCAGCCUCAUCCAACAGCCGCAGACUUUCUGCUGACGCCAACUACCUGCCCACAGUGCCAGUGUCGCCCCCUGUCCUGGGCGGAGCCACCUGCUCUGAUGGACACGCCCGUGGAGGAAUCCCUCUUCCAAAUCAUCCAUUGCUACCACCAUUAUGCUGCCCGGGAGGGGGACGUGGAGACGCUGUCCCUGGAUGAGCUCAAGGCCCUGCUCCUGGACAACGUGCCCCGCUUCAUGGACAGCUUGGGCCGAAAGGAGCCUUACUACAUCACGGAGCUGUUCCGGGCAGCAGAUAAGAAUCAAGAUGACCAGAUCUGCUUUGAGGAGUUCCUCUACAUCCUGGGCAAGCUGGUGAAGGACUACCACCUGCAGUACCAUCGCCAACUGUGUGCCCACUACUGUGCCCAGCACAACCUCUACUAG